GUCUGACCACAAUGUUCGUUUUACAACCCAGCUUAUCACACUCUCAGCCUCUCUCAUCACUUAAAAGAACUCAAGUCACAAACUAAUUGCACAAACAACCAAACACCACGAGCGAAACCCACCCGAGUCAACCCUAUCACAUCAUCACCAUGUCUCGCGCGCUGAUCAUCACUGGUGCCACAGGCAACCAAGGCGGCGCUGCUAUUGACGCCCUUAUUGCAGACAAGGCGUCCGAUUUCCUGAUACUAGCCGUCACCCGCAACACACAGUCACCAGGUGCCCAGCGCCCCCAAGCCAAAUCGCCUGUCGUUAAGCUCGUUCGCGGCGACCUCAACGACACAUCGAGUCUCUUUGCCGCUGCACGAGACGCCGCUGGGACCGUUCCCCUCUGGGGUGUCUAUUCCGUCCAAGGGUUUAUGGGCAAAGGUGCCUCCCUCGAGAGCGAGGAGCGACAAGGCAAAGCCCUGAUAGACCAGUCCAUCAAGGCUGGGAUCAAGCAUUUCGUGUACAGCAGCGUGGAGCGUGGAGGUGACGAGAAGUCAUGGGCUGAUCCGACCACGGUGCCGCAUUUCAUCACAAAGCAUGCUGUAGAGCAUCACCUUCGCGACGAAGCUGCCAAGGAUGGAGACAAGAUGGGCUGGACGAUUCUGCGACCCGUCAUGUUCAUGGACAAUCUCCAGCCAGGAUUUCCCACCAAGGUGUUCCUCGCCUCGCUUCGCGACACGCUGGGCGAGAAGCCCGUGCAGUGGGUGGCCGUCAAGGAUAUCGGGUUCGCCGUCGCCCAGGCCUUCUCUCAGCCCGUAGCUUGGAACCACAAGGCCGUGGGUCUCGCUGGCGACAACCUGACCUUUGCAGAGGUGAGCGCGAUCUUUGAGAAGGUGACCGGAUCACCGGCGCCCGCGACAUUUGGGUUGCUGGGCAAGGCGUUGAAGAUGGCAUCGCAUGAAAUGGGGGCCAUGAUCAACUGGUUUCAUGACGAGGGGUUUGGGGCAGACAUUGAGGCGAACAGGAAGUCUAAUCCUCAUUUGACGAGUUUCGAAGCCUGGCUCAGGAGCAGUGCGUAUGCUCGGAAGGCUUGAGGGGGCAGCGAGGUCUGUCGCGGAAGGAUUGUUUGAACUGAAUCGCGCGUACAUGGCGCAUGUCUUCUAUCGGAUAGUAAGCACAUUUUGAAUUGAUUUACCGAUAUCAGAGCAACUCCAUAAUUGCGUGUAAGAGUGAGACUCGAGUCUCGACGUUGACG